AUGUGUUACUGCAUCAUGCUGCUUGUAACUCCACCUGUGUCUGACUCCACAGAGACGACCAGUGGCCCCACAGUGACGCCUCACAUCUACUUCUGCCGCUCGCCCAACAUGGAGGACUUCACCUGCUGGUGGCAUCCACUCAGUAACCUGACAGAUGGCGAGCAAGUCACCCACAUCCUCACCUACUCUACAGAGCAGGAGGCCAACCUUGAAUGUCCAGACUAUGUGACUGGCGGCCCCAACAGCUGCCACUUUGACAGCAGCCACACAUCUAUAUGGACAGUGUACUGUUUGACCGUGACUGCCAUAACCACCCACAGAAACUACACCUCCCAGCAGCACUGCCUGGAUGUGGCAGAAAUAGUUCAGACUGAAAUUCCAGUCAACGUGACUUACAACUUGACAAAUGCAGGCAGCGAUGAAAUGGGCCAAAACGCGCUGAUUUCCUGGACCUACCCGGUGCCUGGCCACGUGCGGUAUGGUUGGAUCACACUGGUCUAUGAGCUGCAGUACAGACAUGUUACAGAGUCUGACAACUGGAAGGUGAAGCAUCCCCUGCGUGAGCCUCAGGUGGAGCUGCUUGGACUCCCUGUUGACGACUACGUGGUCCGAGUUCGUUGCCGUGCGCAGCACUCCAAGCUGUGGAGUGACUGGAGCACCACGCUGGUGAUGAGCAUCCCCCCAAAACCGUCUGCAGGUAAACUGUUGGUACUGAUUCUGGAGACUGGAGUUGGUGUUCUGGCUCUGCUUGUUAUCGCCUUUAGUCUUGUUCUACAGACCAAGAGAAUAAAAGAGUUCUUCCUUCCGGCCAUUCCAAAAUCACGGAUUAUUGGCAUUGACCCCAUGCUUUUGAAGAAGGGGAACUUGGAUGAAAUCAAUUGUCACUUCAGUAACUUCCACAGCUACAGGCCUCCAAGCCCCUCCGAGGAGGUCUGGGACCAUGUGAGUGCCAAUGACCUCUAUCUAAACACACCAAAGGAUAACAGUGACCCAUGCAGCCCUACAGAAUCAGAGAGGGACACCUUACUAGUUCCCUGCAACCCGGCACCCAUGGAAGUGUCCGCCCACCAUCAGCUCACAGCUCCAAACCCUACAUUGAUUGUGCAGAGUGUGCCGCCUUACUGCUCUUCUCCCACUGAAGCCUUCACCAAACCUCUGAGUAUUCCUUCCCCGUGGCCGAUGCUGAAGAUCGUAUCACUGCCCGGGACGGACUACAGCAUGAUGGAAUAUUCCUGCGGUCCCAAUAGUGUCCUGGUCCCAGAACUCACUUUCAGCACCAGCCACUCACCACAAAACUUCUACACUUGUGUCCAGCUCUUAAAGGAAAGUGGCGAGGUGCAUCGAGUGCCGUGCUUGGCAUCUUUUCUGAGGGUUGAUUUAGAAGCUACAGAGAAGGAAGAGAAGAAGAACGAUGGGGAUGACUCUGAGAAGAACGAGGCAGCUGUUCCUGUGCUGCCUGUUACUGUUGACAACAGUGGCUGA